GUCACAGUCCCCGGAACGACAUAGCCAAAGCACGAAACUCCGCUCUGCUCUGCUCUUCUCGCUUCAUUCUUGACAGUUCUCUCACCGGCGGCGAUUUCUCCAUCAUCAAAAUGGCUCCCGCUGGCCCCCGAUCCGGCGAUGCAAUCUUCGCUAGCGUCGAGCGCGUGAAUGCAGAGCUUUUCACGCUAACGUAUGGAGCGAUUGUGCGGCAGUUGCUGACAGAUUUGGAGGAGGUUGAUGAGGUCAACAAGCAGCUGGACCAAAUGGGCUAUAACAUUGGGAUUCGCCUGAUCGAUGAGUUUCUAGCAAAAUCUAAUGUCUCUAGAUGUACGGACUUCAAGGAGACAACUGAAGUAAUUGCGAAGGUGGGCUUUAAGAUGUUCCUUGGGGUUGGUGCUUCAGUUACCAACUGGGAUGCUGAAGGAACAUGCUGCAGUAUCGUUUUGGAAGAUAAUCCUCUAGUGGACUUUGUUGAACUUCCUGAUACUUGUCAAGGCCUUUACUACUGCAACGUUUUGAGCGGUGUCAUCAGAGGAGCCCUAGAAAUGGUAUCCAUGAAAACAGAAGUCACGUGGCUCCGUGACGUGCUUCGGGGCGACGACGUGUUUGAGUUGCAGGUGAAACUUAUAAAACAAGUUCCAGAAGAGUACCCGUACAAGGAUGAUGAGUAAACAUCCUUGCUUGCGCACCCUGGUUGUUCAUACACUUGAUACACUAUCCUCUUUUUUCUCCUGUAUUUGUUUUCUCCUGGAAAGAGGAAUUUCUCUCCGAAUGUCAAAAUCUUCCUCUUAUCUCCCGAGGCUAUAACAUCUUGGACCUGGAAUAGAUCACACUUGAUGACUGUGUAAGCUUGUUUAGCAGUUGAUGAGCUUUUUUUAAGAAUUUCAUGUGAUCCAAUGCUGUGAGUCUAUGUUGCAUUGUCAUCCUAUGCUGUUUAAGUUCAAGAUUCGAUGUUCGAUUAGGUUGAAUUGACUUUUGGAUCAAACCGAAUCGAGCUUAUGCAGUUCAAUAGAGUUUCAAGAUUGUGGAUCUUGAAGGGGGAAAAAAGCAAAG